ACUCACUGACGGACACCGCCAGCUUCCAACAAUGUGUCCCAGAGGAGCAGCAAAUCGAAGCGCACACCCCGGCCGGAGCAGCUACGUCUUUAUAAUCAUAUUCCCAAUGAUCGCUUUCCCCUUCUUUCCACCCCAAUGAAAACAUGAGGGUAUCAGAACCCAACUCACCCCCCGGCACUGCCACCGCAAGGAGAGAAAUCGGUGGCGACGUGUAGAGAGAGAAAUGAAAAUAAGAACAAACAAACAAACAAACAAAAAAAGAAGAGAUCAAUGACUGCAGCCCCGUGGGGUGGAUCUGGUGGAUGAAGUCGUUCUGCAGCGAAGUGGUGGCAAAGUCCCGGCUGGGACUGAAGCAGUGGGGAUGGUGUGGAUGGACCCCGAUGGGAUCUGCGUGGAAGAAGUGGAUUUCGGAGCAGAGGUCUUUGCUGGAGCUGUGGGAUGUCGGGUCCUUGGCGAUUGGUCACCAGUAUUCCUCUCUGGGGACUCAGCCCAUCCUCUGUGGGAGCAUCCCAGGACUGGUCCCCAAGCAGCUACGAUUCUGUCGGAACUAUGUGGAGAUCAUGCCCAGCGUAGCAGAAGGGGUGAAGAUUGGGAUCCAAGAGUGCCAACACCAAUUUCGAGGGAGGAGGUGGAACUGCACAACUGUCAAUGACAGCUUGGCCAUCUUCGGACCUGUGCUAGACAAAGCUACCAGGGAAUCCGCCUUCGUCCAUGCCAUCGCCUCUGCCGGAGUGGCUUUUGCAGUGACCAGGUCCUGCGCCGAGGGCUCGGCCACCAUCUGCGGCUGUGACACUCGUCACAAGGGAUCUCCAGGGGAAGGCUGGAAAUGGGGAGGCUGCAGUGAGGACGUGGAGUUUGGGAGCAUGGUGUCUCGGGAAUUCGCCGAUGCCCGAGAGAACAGACCAGACGCUCGGUCAGCCAUGAACAGGCACAACAAUGAAGCUGGAAGGACCUCUAUCAUUGAACUCAUGCAUCUGAAGUGCAAAUGUCACGGCCUCUCGGGCAGCUGUGAAGUGAAGACCUGCUGGUGGUCUCAGCCUGACUUCAGGGUCAUCGGGGACUACCUGAAGGACAAAUACGACAGCGCUUCAGAAAUGGUGGUGGAAAAACACCGGGAAUCCCGUGGUUGGGUCGAGACGCUCAGGCCCAAAUACAACUUCUUCAAGGCUCCGACUGAGAAGGACCUGGUUUACUAUGAGAACUCACCCAACUUUUGCGAGCCCAACCCUGAGACGGGUUCCUUCGGGACUCGUGACAGGAUCUGUAACGUCACUUCCCAUGGGAUUGACGGUUGUGACCUUUUGUGCUGCGGCCGCGGGCACAACACGAGGACUGAGAAACGGAAAGAGAAGUGCCACUGUAUCUUCCACUGGUGCUGCUACGUCCGCUGCCAGGAAUGCAUACGAGUCUACGAUGUCCACACGUGCAAAUAAAGCGGGCAAGCCCCUUUGCCGGGCUCCAAGAGGAGAAACAGAUUCGAGCCUACUUCCUCUGAGGCUGCAGACAAGAGAGAAGUCUACUUUUUUGAUACUAAAAGAAUAAUAAAAAAAAAAAUUAAAGGCUAAAAACUGGUUGGAUAGAAUAGGUCUAAUGACUUCUGGGCUAUCCUGAGGUACAUCUGGCGGUCACACAAGCUACGCCGCAAUGAUGCAUCCCAUAGGAGACAGCGGCUUUUCAGCUGGCCGACAACGCAGAGCUGGAAAGAAGAGCAUCAGCAAAAGCAUGGAUUGGCUCUGCUCUCGCCCACCCGAAGUGAUUUGUGUGAUUAAGUGCCCUUUGAAAGACUUGCAUCUUCCUAGAUAUCUCCUUUUCCCUCAGCCAGAGAAAGGCUGUGUUGGACACCAGCACUAAGCUUUCUGAGAUCUAUCUACAUACCCAAAUGGCCAGACUCUGUGCAUAAGAGCAACAACAACAACAGCAAAAGAAAUAAAAGCAGAUAAGUUAAUGAUGUUAAAAAAAAAAAAAAAAAAAAAAAAAAGGAAUUAAAUUCUCCUUUACUUUUGCCCUGGAACCAGAGAAGUCUAGAAAUAUAUGAUAGAGCUGUAGAGUGGGCAGGCUCUUCGCGUGAACUUCUUAGCAUAGUAGCUUCUGCCAAAUUUGACAUAGGAUGCAGUGGCACCUACAGAGAGGGAGGGAGGGAGAAGACGAAGGAAAGGGAGAAAGAACUGCCAAUGGUUUCCUGCAAAUGCCUUGUUGGCACACAGGUGAUGUACAUGGUACAGAGAAGUUCAGUACCUGACAUGUGAAGUGAAAAGGACUCGGUGUGUGCAUUGAGAAGGAGAUGGUCCCACGAUGGGACACGUUGGUUUACCUGUGUCCCAGUACGAGGCUCAGCCAGUGAGUUUUCAUUGGGGACAUGAUGCAGGGCAAUUUCCCUUGGGAUGAACUCUUGCUGCUGGGAAGAGGACAUCUGGCUCCUCAGCAUCCUGGCUCGCUCCAGAAGAGGAGGAAAGGGAAAAUGUUUAUUUCUCCCACGCCAUCACCAAGAGUGGAAAGUGCACUUAGUCCAUCCACUCUCUGCACCUCAUGCAGGCUUCCCCCUGGGCACUUAGCAAAACCCUUAGACCACAAAUGUGUCAGGAAUUUGACUCUGAAUGACAGUUUGUCACCUGUGCAUUUACAUGACAGUGACCCAACCUUCACCUCCAAAGCUGGAGCAGUUUCAGCCUCUAGCCAAAUUUCGUUCCUCACCUACUUUCUACAGCCAUUCCCAUCUCUAAAAGUGGCACAGAUUAAGAUGUAUUAAAUCCAGACUCCAAAUCAGCCCAGAGUUUGGGCAAGGUUGGACACAGAGCCAAAUCCCUACUGUGCAGUGUUGCCCCAUCUCUGCUGUUUGCUUCCAACUCCCCUUCUAGACGUGUUACUCUACUUUUGAUUUCAUAUUGCCAGGUACAGAAAGAGCUCUCAGUUCUGAUGCAAGCAUCAAGGCUUCCUUCAACCAUAUGGCUGGGCCAAAUUCUCAGCCCAUUGACUUGGUAUUUACAACACAGAGUUAUUCCUGUUCAUUAUUGGCAUAAAUGAGUACUGAAUCAAACAUGGAGUUGUAGUCUGUUUGACUUCUAAUGUGCUUGCCCAAUGUCCUCUUUGUCUGUGGAAAAAGACCAAGGAUUGACAUUUUUUCUUUCCCAUCAAUCCAGGGAGUGAAAUGGGUUGCGAUUCAUCUCCCAGUGAAUCACAGGAGUCUUUUCAUGGACAGCAAAGCAAUGUAACUAUGACUGUUGGCCAGUUCAACCCUGGAAAUUUAUGUAGAGAGAUCAGACUGCUCUUCUCUCCCAGAAUGUCAGAGCUGAGAGAGGGAAUAUGCAGAAGAAACAGGGAAUGAACAGAGCUUAAUCAGAGAGAAAACAGGAGGAAAUGAGGCCUCCAAGGGCUGACUCUGAGUCAAGGCAUCUCCUGAGACUACUCCUAGGCUGGUGCAGUUUGUGCAUCACUGUAUGCCUCAGGGCUGUGCCCAAGGACACAGGCAAGUUCUGUGUGUUGGUGGAGGCGCUUCUAUUAAUGCGCUGCAAAAUAGCUGCAAUGAAAUGAGAGGGGAUAUGCAGGAGAGAGGGAAAGAAACAUCAGGAGAGAGAAAGAAAGAAAUGGAAAGAGAAACAACUGAUCUGUACGUGUAAACACUGCAUACAGUGCAUGGCCACACAUCAUUUGGUAGAAAGCAACAGAUGACUAAAAAUUGAGAAGAAGAUGAACCAGUGAAUGGAUAGAUAGCUGAUUUUUAUAAAACAGUCUAGUGGAAAAGGAAAAUCUGAUCAUUAUAGCAAAUAGAAAAGAAGGCCAUUGCAGGGGAACAUUGCCACCAUAACAAAUAUUCAGAUGCAAACUAUCAGGAAAGAAAACUCUGAAGGAAAACAUAUAAGAUGGAAGGCACUGAUGAAUUGUAAAGAUGGGAUAAGGGAAGAUAAGUCUGACUUAAUAUAAUGCAGUGCUAGCAGCCUCAGCAAGAGAUGUUAGGCAUCUCCUGCCAGAGACUUCUAUCCAACAGUAAGAAUGCAAACUGCUGCAGAUCAUGUUCUGCAUCAAACCACUGACUUCAGCAGGAUCACAUCCCCAACUAAAUUUAUUCUAAUAUCUUUAAGCAAGGUGAUUUAACAUUCCUUCUUGUAUACCAUGCCAGUGAAGGAAUGGGUCAAAGGAUCUGGCUUCUUUGCAUGGGAGUUGGAUUCUGACCCCAUGCCAUCCACAGCAUGCUAACAUUCAGUUUCUGCAUUUGCACCAGAACAAAACCCAACAUCACUAGUGGGUGGAGCUCUUUGGGAAGCAUGGGAACGAAAUAGACACUUGCUGAGCAAUUGCCUCUUACGGUGAACAAACAGAUUUGACCGCAGUCGUGGGAUCUAUUUCACCUGGCUGUGUCAAAGUCAAGCAUCUACUCUAAACUAUUUGUCUAAUUUUCUGCUAGGAUCAGUGGCAUGACACAAACAAGUGCAAGGGUGAUUCAUCAUAGGCUAGGAUGGUAUCUAAGCUGGGUUUGGUAAAUUGCCCUCUGAAUGUACCUCUGUCUUUCCACUGACCUGAGCUGAUGAGCUCAUACAAGAUGAUGAACUUUCAGACUGGGUACAGUCUGAUGAUGUGAAGUCCAUCAUGAGUCAAAGAGGUGAAGGUACAAUCUGAUCAUCAGCUGAGAUGGGCUGGAAGCUCUACUCCUUCAUUUAAAUCUGGGGUCAGGCUCAGUGCUCAGGGACUUCCAGCCCAUUCAAAGUAUUUUUUACAAAGCCUAUGCAUAUUUAAUAGGUUUUAUUAUGUAAUUAGUCAUCUACUAGUAAUAGUAAGGGGUUGUAUAGCAUAAGGGAUUGAGCAGCUGCUAUCCAAGUCACUGACAUAUGCCUCUGUGUGUUCUGCUCAUGACAUCAGGUCCAUCUGAGGGUUCUAGUCCUAGGUCUGACUCUAUCCAUGUGGAAGGGAAGGGGAGCACCUGCUAAGGGUCUAGGAGUAAGGGACUGAUGAGUAUACAUGCAAAGCCUGCAUCUGGCCCCAUGGCUUUGGAGAAAUCACUCUGGACCUCAAUAGUUUAUGCACAUGAAUUCAGGAAAUGUGUUUGAAAAACAAAGAUCCCACUCUGCUGUCUUCUCUUGGUGUCUCAUAUCAGGGUUCCCACUGCAAUGAGCAGAUGACAGACUCCUGUCUGUCAUCUCAGAUACAUGGGGCCUCAUUUAGAGAACUUUCUAAUUGCAACCCAAAGCUUUCUUCUGCCUCAGGUUCUCCAAGUCUUUCAGAGUGGUAGGGUCUUCCUCACAGAGGAGAUUUUGGGUUUCAUCCAAUGAUACAAGCAUCUAGCCACAUUCUAGGCCCUGAAAUGUUCUAUUGGAAUGCAGCUGUUGCUCCAAUGGCAUGGGACUCCCACAGGUCCUGUGUCACACAUGCUAAAUCUAUUCAGUUGUGCCAGAGACCAUGGGGUACCCCAAAGGACUCAUGUCUCAUGAUGUCUAUGUGUAGAUGGUUUUAUUGCUCAAUUGUCUGAAAAUGGUUUUCUGGAAACUUCCUUCCCCCUCAGCUUGUGCUUGUUUGUACUCAAAAGGCAAAAGUCAUUAAUUUCCAGCUUAGCCUCCAUGGUCCAUGGUGCCCUUCCCUUCAGCCUUCACUUGUGGUGAGGUUUAUAGUGAAGAUAUCAUCCAGCAAAGUCACACAGAAGCAAAAAGUAAAAAUAAAGGCGCAUUAUUUAAUUCCUCCUACACGCUGCUAUCCAGCCUUUCCUUUUGCUGAGCAGAUGGGCUUGAUGGCCACCAUCAGUUCUGCAUCCAACCUCGUUCAAGUCAGCAGAGUUGCAUGCAAGGGGUGAAUUUGGUCUCAUCUCUUUUCUUUCUAUGAAAGAAAUUGAAAGUGUAGGAGCUUUUUAUUGUCUGUUUAGUUCUAGAAUUUGGGGAUUUCUCUUUCUCAGAGAAAAAAAAAAAGUAUGAGGAGGAGAAUGCACGACGUUUUCUAUUACUAGUCUCCUAUGUAUCUCUUUUAGCUGAGGGCCAUGCUCAGCACUUCUCCAAAACAUUCCAGAAGUCUCCAAAAUUAUCUUCACUCCUUAUAGGGAGCUUCCCAUGCACCAUGAAAGUGGUCAGAAUUUAAUAUUGAGAGGGGACUGCAGGGACUGCCACACCACAAAAUGCCACUUGAGGCAGAAAUCUCUGAGUUGGCACCGGGCACAUCAACCCCACAAACAGAAGUGCUGCAGUCGUAGCUGGGCAUUGCAGGAUUUUGGUGUUAGUUAACAUCAUAGUACAAUUUCAUCUGAUAUUCAAUCUGAAAUGUUUGGAUUUUCUGUGCAUUUAGCUCUAUUGCCACAGGAAUGCCCAUGGGUCAUAAUACAUUCGUCGUGUGUGUUCAUGUUUGCCAUUUCCCCAGCCUUAUAUUCAAAUACUGGAGAAAUGCUUCCUCGUCUUAUGAGCUCCGGGUCGCAUUUUGGCUUCAAGAAAAGGCUUCAGUGCAGAAAAUCUGUGGGUAUUCAGGGUUAUAGCUUGAGUACUCUGCAGGAGCUGGGAGUCAUGAAUCCAGUUCUGGGUUCUGUGCUAUGGAAAUUAGUUCAGGCUUCCCUCGAUGCCUUAACGAUAGGCUUCAGGAAGAUAAUAUAGGGCCACAAAAAGGCUGCAAUCAAACUGCCCUGCAGCCAUCAGCCGUUGGUUAAGACUAAUAAACAGCAUCAGCUGCUCAUAGGAAAAUGACUCCUGGCUCCUGCACAGAACUGCUGGUUCUUUGGGAGAAAAGCUGUACAGAGAGUGCAGAUGAUGAGAGUGAAUGAGAGCUGGGUGGGAGGAGGCCCUGUCUGUUCUCCGUAGCUGUACUUCUGUUCUCCAUCUCCCCCCAAGCUAAAUCUUGUCUGUUACAAUGGGGACUUAGCACAGGAGAGAAUCUCUUCAAGAUUCCCCUUAUCCCAUAGGGCAGCAGUGAUGAGAUCUGGCUCCCUUUUUGCUCAGUGGUCUUUCUUCAUGGCUUUACCCCCCAUUACGUUUCCAGCUCUCUCUUAUGUGCUCUGACAGAAGCUAAUGAACUGCACUUCAUCACUGCCCAGCACAGGGACAGGACCCUGCUGUCUCAGGUCUCUGUUAGCUGCUGCUGGGUGCAGAUGUUUCCAUUUGGAGGGGGGCAGAGCCUCGGGUGGCCUCUAUUUUGAGAAAUGGGGAGAUUUUCUCAAGCACUAAUGGGAGGCCAGGAUCUGACUCCCAGGCAGUGGUACCUGAGAAUGGGAUUCAGGAAACGUAGGUAUCUACAUGUGAGCUGGAUCCUUGAAGUCCCAUCUAAGCGAUGAUGAUGAGAUCCAUUUGCCUAAAUGUAGCAUCUAGGGCUGAAUUGAAUUAUAGAAGAUAGGCAUCUAGAGUCAUUUGGGAUGCCCCAGGGUAUCCCAAUGGCUUAUGGCAGCUGUUCAGCAAGAGUGCAGCCUCCCCAUAAAUCCCAUGGUGUAUCUGCCAGCCCCAUGCAGAUGUCUCAGAAACCCUAGGGCAUCUCAGAUGGCACUAGAUAUCUAUGCAUGAGCAACCCAGUUGAUCUCCUAGUCAGUAGACAGUGGAGGCUAGAGAACAAUUCAGCUGGAUGCAAGUGGCCACCAUAGGGCAGGUUGAACCACUCUAGGCCCCACUGACUAUGCUGAUGAUCCCCAUAAGAUAUGGGUCUUUAGACAUCUAACUGACGUGGAGACACAUGCUUGUGAGCAUCUACAAGUGAAUGUCUCAGUCUCUGAGCUGGACUCCACUUUGAAGACUCUAAGAUGGAAAUCUGUGUCUGAACUCAGUUCUGCUCCCACUUAGACUGAUAUAAAAUAGGAGGCAUCGUUUCCAUAUUGCCCAACUUACAAGCACUCCAAAGGGAGCAGAAAUAGGACCUAUUCUAUAAAAAUAGUUGAAACCAAUUUACUGACUGGUAUGUAAUGUGUUUGACCCCAAGAGAGCAUCUCUGCUGGUCCUCUUGGUGAAUACAUAAUGAAAAUAAACAAAUCCCACCAAGCUGUCUACAGGCAAAAUCUUGCUGUUAUGUGAAUACUAUCUAGACAGAGAAAGCUCCUGAGGCACAACAGUCACAAGCAUGUUCUCCAUCUGACUUUGUCUCCUCGUCUCUCUCCGUAUACCUUGUUCUUAUACAUGUUCUGCGGACCAAAGGAGGUCUUGGACAGCCCUGCAUGGAAGUGGAGAGUGGGGAAGGUGUGAGGAGAUGCUUUCCUCAUUUUCCUCUCUUUUUUCAAGUUCCUUUUCCUUAUUUAUUAGUAUUUAUUUAUUUCUCACCGCUCGUUCCACUCUACCAAAAAGCCUGAAAGCACAUCUGCCACAGACAUAGGCUAGCAAGCAGCCGAGUGUCACCCAUGCUUUUGAGGGAAGGCACCAUUUCAUCAGAGCUUCUUCCCAACAUGCACUUGCCACCACUUGCUAAGCACAGGAAGCCCAAGUUCCCAAGGCAGGCUCCUAAAACCUCCCAAAUCCUCCUAUGUGUGAUGAAAUCCUCCCCAGUGGAGCCUCCAUUCCGUUGAUGCUCAUUCCUCCAGACCUGGUUGUCCCACUGCCCACCUGUCCCCCGCUGACUGCAGCUCAGCCUUACACCUCUUCAUCUCAGUGAAGAUGUCUCUAUCGUGGCAUCACUUUCAGUCACUCCUAGGCCAAAACCUGCCCAAACAGGAGACCUCUCAUUGCUUUGGACUAUCUGACGAGCCCACCAGCAAUGUCAAAGGCAUAAAAACACAGCCCUGCAGCGCCACAGGGGAUUUCCCCAUGGUAUGAAACAUACUUGUCCAGAAGUCAAGGACAAGUAUCUUCUUGUGGGUGGGUUUUUUGCUGUCACUUUCCCUUCCCACAGACUGUCUGCCUGAUCACAUCACCCCGUUCAGAGCUACGUCACUGUCUGUAACCCUUCCCUAUCCUGCCCCUGCCCCCACCCCUCUGAGCACCCCUUUGUACAGAAUGCAUGUAUGAUACAACCUGAAAUUCCAAAGCUAUUGUACAAAGUAGGAUCGUCACUUUUUUUCCUCAGUAUUUUGUUAAGUCUGAUGAUUUUUUUUUUAUGAUUAUUUAUUUUAUGAAUAAAUGUAUAUAUUAGUAAGAGUAUAUAUUUGCGGAAAUAACUCAUCGGGACAGUGUUGUUGCUCUGCUGUUGUGCUUGUGACCUCAUUGGCUUUUCCAGUUUUUUCCAAU